AUGGACUUGAACAGCUGCUGGAGAGCCGAACUGUUUGAGGUCUUGUCGCUGCGGUCUUUUUUACCGCACACCAGAAUGCAGCCUAACCGCAUUCAUGUGCGCAGAAUGCGCGAACAUGACGGCCCGCUUAUAUGCUGGAAGGGCGCAGCUGCUGAGGCAGCAGACCGCGACUCGACACGUGAUCAGAAAGCUCGGCAUGCAGCUCGUCAGUCAAAGCAAAGGCAGAGUCAGCAGCCACAGCCUCGACAGCGCCCACAUCUACCACCAUUGAUGCUUCAACAGGCGUCCCAGUCAGCUGUGCAGCCUGAGCAUGGCGACGGAGUGUCAGAAGAGCCGGCACCGGAAUCGCCAGAUUUUCCUGACGGCGUGCCAGAGCUUGGCCCGGAAGACUUUGGGGCUGGUGAGGCUGGUGCUGGUUUGGAUCUGGACCCAGACAUGGAGUUCCUUUUCCAGUCCGACUCGGAAACAGAAGCAACCCCUGCAUGGCUGCAGCAAGCUUCUGAGAUCAUGGACUUGGAAUUCUUGUCGGGCUAUGCCGAUGCGGUCCCUGCCGAGGAGACUGAGCUCCCUGAAGAAGACAUUGCAGACCUUCCACAAGGCGAUCCAGUGGUGGCGCCUGCGCCUGCUUCAGCAUCAGCAGCAGUAUCCAGCUCGGACCGAAUGCAGUCCGACCCUACAGGUGCAGACGGCCCAGCUGCUGCCGCUGUAGCAGGACCAGCAGCCAACAGGCCCCCUGCAGGCUCAAGGCAUGUUGCUGAUGUGGUGGUCGAUGUGCCUGGGGUGGGAGAUAUUCGUUUUUACACCAAGAAUCAAGUCUUGGUGGCUUCCUGUCGGCGGCCAGAACACCAGAACUUUUAUUCUGACACUGGUAGUGUUUUGACGUGCAGCAGGAAACGGACCGUUAGAGCAGCGGCCAAGCUUGCAAAAGACGUGCGGAAACGGUCCGGACAGGGCAGACCCUUGGGGCAUCUUAUGCGCUGGCUGGAAUGUGGAUGCGAGGCCGCGGAUCAGCAACAGCAUGUGCUGCAUGCCAGAAGCUUUGAUCGAGAUGAAAGAAGGGCAGCACGGGCAAGACUUGCUUCCUUGCCAGGGGCUGAGGAUCUGUUUGCCAAAGAACGAUCUCGGUUGGACUGGGAGUCCGACGACGAGCCCCGAAAUAUUUGA